AUGGCAAAAAGGGGUAAAUCUGUUGUCAGGACACUGGAGGAUUUGACGCUUGAUUCGGGAUACGGUGGAGCAGCUGACUCCUUCAGGUCGUCAAGCUUGUCGCUGUGCUGUUCCGAGGCACACAUACCAUACGCGCAUGGGGGGAACUGUUGGCAUCUAACCGACUCCAUGCACAGUCGACACAACAGCUUGGACACUGUCAACACAGUACUGGUCGAAGACAGCGAGACCCUGGAGUGCUCCGGACACUGUGCAAAACUUCCCGAGCUAGAGGAUGUGCCUUGGAGUCUCGGGGAGUUGGAAACGGCUCUUAAUAAGGAGGAAGAGUUACGAUUUGGGACCUUGUCGAGUGACCUGUUGGCGAGACUCUCCGCACUCGUCAGCCGCGCGCUUGUGAGAAUCGCCAAGGAAGCGCAACGGCUGAGUUUACGCUAUGCCAAAUGCACCAAAUAUGAAAUUCAAAGUGCCAUCAAGAUGAUCCUAUCUUGGACAAUCUCGGUCAACUGCAUUACCGCAGCGCUCAGUGCACUGUCGAUGUAUAAUAUGAGCACCGAGGACAAAUUCAGUAGGGGCAAAUCGGAACGAUGCGGGCUCGUUUUCUCCGUCGGGAAGUUCUUCAGGUGGAUGGUUGAUAGUAGAGUCUCGGUCAGGGUCCACGAGCACGCUGCCAUCUACCUGACCGCAUGUAUGGAGAGUCUGUUCCGCGAGGUUUUUACACGUGUAUUGAAUAGUCCAGUGGUAGAGAGAGAUAACGGAAUACCGAAGUUCACGAUGGAAUCUUUUGAGCAAGCCAUCAAUAACGACUCCGAGUUAUGGGGCCUCCUUCAGCCGUAUCAGCACCUCAUCUGUGGGAAGAAUGCCAGUGGAAUCCUCAGUCUGCCGGACAGUUUAAGUCUUCAUAGGGACCAACAGCGUAAAGCAGGAGAAGGCCAUGCUUACAGCCAGUCUGAGCUACGGACCAUUGAACAGUCUCUGCUCGCCACACGUGUGGGGAGCAUUGCUGAACUCAGUGACCUUGUGUCCAGGGCAAUGCAUCACCUGCAGCCCCUGUCCAUUAAGAACCACAGUAAUGGCACUCCAAUCCAUCAGAAGAGCAGCUUCAUCCACUGGGAGCCUGAGGCCCUCUACACCCUCUGCUACUUCAUGCACUGCCCACAAAUUGAGUGGGAAAACCCCAACGUGGAGCCCUCCAAAGUGACCCUGCACACAGAAAGGCCGUUUCUAGUACUACCACCGCUCAUGGAGUGGAUCAGAGUGGCUGUAGCACAUGCGGAACAUCGCCGCAGCUACUCAGUGGACAGUGACGACGUACGGCAAGCGGCCAGACUCCUGCUGCCCGGGGUGGACUGUGAACCAAGGCAACUCAAGACGGAUGACUGUUUCUGUGUGUCACGGAAGCUGGAUGCUGCUUCCACGGAGGCCAAGUUUCUGCAGGACCUGGGUUUUCGCAUGCUGAACUGUGGCCGCACAGAUCUGGUUAGACAGGCUGUGAACCUGCUGGGGCCUGAUGGCAUUAACAGCAUGAGUGAACAGGGGAUGACCCCACUGAUGUACGCGUGUGUCCGUGGCGACGAGGCCAUGGUCCAGAUGCUUCUAGACGCUGGAGCAGACAUCAAUAGUGAGGUGCCAAACACAGUACACAAGCACCCCUCAGUCUUCCCCGAGACACGACAGUCCACGCCACUCACUUUCGCCGUGCUGCACGGACACGUGCCCGUGGUUCAGCUUCUCUUGGAUGCCAGAGCCAGUGUUGAAGGCUCUUUGCAGGAUGGCAUGGAGAACUACACAGAGACACCUUUGCAGUUAGCCUCAGCUGCAGGGAACUUUGAGCUAGUCUGUCUGUUGUUGGAGAGGGGGGCAGAUCCCAUGGUUGGAACAAUGUAUCGUAAUGGCAUCUCUACAGCACCACAUGGAGAUAUGAACUCUUUCAGCUUAGCAGCAGCACAUGGACACAGGAAUGUGUUCCGUAAGCUUCUGUCCCAUGCGGAAAAAGGGAAAGGAGAUGUUUUGUCUCUGGAGGAGAUCCUUGCUGAGGGUUCAGAGGCUGGGGAGAGGAGCUCCCUUCAGAUGGAGUCGGCACGCACGGGCAAAGCCAAACUCAAAGCCCUGAAAGAGGCCAUGUACCACAGCGCAGAGCACGGUCACGUCGACAUCACGUUGGACAUACGCAGCCUAGGAGUGCCGUGGACUUUACACACAUGGCUGGAGUCUCUCCGCACGUGUUUCCUGCAGCACAGACGCCCACUGAUCCAGGGCCUGCUGAAGGAGUUCAGCUGCAUUGAAGAGGAGGAGUACACGGAGGAGUUGAUUACACACGGCCUUCCUCUUAUGUUCCAGAUCCUCCGAGCCAGCAAGAAUGAGGUUAUCAGUCAGCAGCUGGCUGUGAUCUUCACUCAGUGUUAUGGCCCCUAUCCCAUCCCCAAACUCACAGAGAUCAAGAGGAAACAGACCUCACGCCUGGAUCCACACUUCUUGAAUAACAGGGAGAUGUCAGACGUGACAUUCUUGGUAGAAGGGAAACCAUUCUACGCCCACAAAGUGCUACUUUUCACUGCCUCCAACAGGUUUAAGUCCCUUCUUGCAAACAGACCAGCUGCUGAAAACACCUGUAUUGAAAUCAGCAAUGUGAAAUAUAACAUAUUUCAGCUGGUGAUGCAGUACCUGUACUGCGGUGGAACGGAGUCGCUGCACAUCAGAAACACAGAGAUUAUGGAUCUCCUCUCUGCUUCCAAGUUCUUCCAGCUGGAGGCGCUACAGAGGCACUGUGAGAUCAUUUGCUCAAAGAACAUUAACACAGAAACCUGUGUGGAGAUCUACCAACAUGCCAAAUUUCUGGAGGCUCCUGAGUUGGCGACUUAUAUAGAAGGCUACUUUUUGAAGAACAUGGUGGUACUGAUUGAGUUGGAGCCAUUCAAACAGCUGCUGUACAACACCCCCGUGGAAAGUUCCGGCUACGACGUUCUUCAGGACCUGGAGAAGACCCUGGCCACACGAAUUCACUCCAUCCAUCUGUCGUCCUCUAAGGGGUCCAUCGUCUGA